AUGCAUCGCACGCGUAUCAGGACCUUGUGGGCUCUUCUAGCAGUCUACUCGCAGCUUACCCCAACCUCAGCCACUGAUUCAGGAUGUAAUCCAUUACGAGAGGCCUGUCCUCCAGUGCCAGGUCUGGCUUCAACUAGCUACAGUAUUGACUUCACCAAACAAUCGUCCACCCCAGCAGAAUGGACUCUAGCGGACCACGCAACCGUUGACUAUGCAGCAAACGAUGGCGCGACCUUUACAUUUAGGAAACGAUAUGAUGCGCCAUACAUAUGGACCAACUUCUACUUCUUGUACGGUAAGGUCGAGGUGGUUUUGAAGGCGGCUCCUGGCAUUGGCAUCAUCACGGGUGCUGUGUUGAUGGCUGAUGAUGGAGACGAAGUUGAUUGGGAAUGGUCUGGUAACAACUUUGGUAAUAAGACUGGCAAAGUUCAGACAAACUUCUUCGGCAAAGGUAUCACUGGAAAUUACGGUCGAGGAACAGAGGAGCUUGUGGAUUCGCCUCAGAGCAAGUUCCAUACCUACAGUUACGACUGGACUCCAGAAGCGCUCUCCUGGUCCAUUGACGGUCGCGUUGUGAGGAUUUUGCGCAACAAUGGCACUACAACUGGCGAUUGGCAGUAUCCGCAGACUCCAUCUCGACUGCAUCUUGGUGUGUGGUGUGCUGGUGAUCCUGAUGCAUAUGCUGGAACCGUCUUCUGGGCCGGUGGGUACACCAAGUUUGAGGAUGCCCCGUUCAGCGCAUAUGUCAAAUCGGUCAAAAUCACCACGCCGAAUGCAUGCAAAAGCUGGAAGUAUCCAAGUUCUUUUGAUGGAAGCUGGAGGUCUGUGCAGUGCUCAAACGAUGCCAUCUACAUUCCUUGUAAUUACACCGUGGCUGCAGGGGACGAUGGUUAUAAGAUUGCCAAAACCUUGAAGGUCAACUUUGAGACCCUCCAAGCGGCCAAUCCAGAUGUAGUAGACUGGAAAUCUAUCUGGGUCGGCUACGUUCUGAAAGUCCCAGGUGGCGACUGUUCCUCCGUUGCCGCCCCGAGCCAAACCAAUACAAGCGACACCGCAAACCCCUCGACCACCACAACGACUUCCACCGACAUCAGCUCAUCGACAGCCGCCGAGCCGAGCUCUAAUUCACCCAUUGUGAACAGCACAUCGACUUCCGAAAGUACUGCGCCGACCCAGUCUCCACUUUAUGAGGUUGUGUCUGGAGAUCGUUUCGACAUCAUUGCUCAGAGGUUGAACUGCAGUUCUGCUGCUUUGCACGAAGCUAAUCCAAAUGUCGACUGGGGUAAGUUGCAGAUUGGACAACAUCUCAACAUUCCUGCUCAGCCUUCGACGCCUCCCACAAGUGUCAACAGCACCGCGACGGAUGCGAAUGCGACGGCGAUCUCGUACACAAAUUCGACGACCAGUCUUCCCACCACUUCAGCCCAGACGAACCUGUCGACAGAAACCACGACGCAAUCAAUGACAACAACGACAAAGCCUCCAGAUAGUUCCAAUGCAACAGUGGAUAACAGCACAUCCCAGCAUACCAGUAUCUCGUUAACAUUUGCUUUCAAUUCAAGCAUCUGGUCCAACACGUCGACAGCCACCACUGUCCCAUCCCUGGACGGAAACCAUACCACGGAGGGUUCUUUGACUACAAGCCAAGUUGACAACUCGAAUUCGACUCAUGCUCGACCAAGCUUCAAUGCCUCGACCGUAGCGUCGACAGCGCCGCCUUCGAACAUGACAUCCAAGACGAGCGUGGUGCAACCGACAUCACCUCCCAAUUCCAGCACCAGGGCCAAGUGCGAUGAAGAUGUUUGCCUCCGAAAUAUGCUCGAUCCGAACUUCUCGACUUCCGACAGUGCUCGGUCAUGGUGCUCAGACUAUAUGUCAUCGCCUGCCAACACGAUCGCCGUUCCGACCUACCUGCCUGCAUGCGAGAAUAAUGCGACCAGGUUGAAUGCGGUCGACGAAGUCUUCAUAUCCAGAAACACACCUGCGCCAACUGCGGAGUACGAAAAACCCUUUCCAUCCUCUACCCAUUCCUUCUCGCAACUCCAGAACCACGGUUAUCCAUUCAUCAACGUGUCCACUGACCCUUUUCCGUCAUUUAGUAUCCCUCCGCAAAGGUCCGAAAGUAUGAAUGGAGCGAGAAGGCCAAGAGACGUAAGACCACUGGCACUGGCCGCAUGA